UUCACACAACCAAGACAAGUAAACAGCAGCACUAGUAGAUUUCCCGAGUGACAAGUUCAGCGCAACAUGGAGCACCAGGGACACGGCACCGGCGAGAAGAAGGGCAUCAUGGAGAACAUCAAGGAGAAGCUCCCCGGUGGCCAAGGUGACCACCAGCAGACCGCUGGCACCCACGGGCAGCAUGGACACACUGGAAUGACAGGCACGGAGAUGCAUGACACCACGGCCACCGGCGGCACCCAUGGGCAGCAGGGGCUUACCGGAACGACUGGCACUGGGACACACGGCACCGGGGAGAAGAAGGGCGUCAUGGAGAACAUCAAGGAGAAGCUCCCCGGUGGCCACGGCGACCACCAGCAGACCGGUGGAGCCUACGGGCAGCAGGGACACACCGGCACGGCGACGCAUGGCACUCCGGCUGGCGGCGGCACCUACGGGCAGCAUGCACACACUGGAAUGACCGGCACGGAGACGCACGGCACCACGGCCACCGGCGGCACCCAUGGGCAGCACGGACACGCCGGAACGACUGGCACUGGGACACACGGCACCGACGGGGUGGGCGAGAAGAAGAGCCUCAUGGACAAGAUCAAGGACAAGCUGCCUGGACAGCACUGAGCCCGGUGUGCCGACGGCCGCUCCCUUGCAGAAUAAUAACCCUACCGUGUAUAAAUUGAUCUGAGUCUAGUUCACCUAGCUCACUUGGCCGUUGGAGGAGCGAAUGUAUCUUGUAUCUUGUUUAAAGUUUUCACGGACAAUAUUGUGUUCACGGUUUU